GUUUGUUUGGAAAGUCACCCUCCUCAUUUAAAAAAAAAAAAAGGAACCUCCCCCUCCUCCUCCCAUGCAAACUGAAUCAAUCAUGUCUGGAGAGGUGCGUUUGAGACAGUUGGAACAGUUUAUUUUGGAUGGGCCCACGCAGACCCAGGGGCAAUGCUUCAGCGUGGAAACCUUGCUGGAUAUACUCAUCUGCCUGUACGAUGAAUGUAAUAAUUCCCCACUGAGGAGAGAGAAGAAUAUCCUUGAGUAUCUAGAAUGGGCCAAACCUUUUACAUCUAAGGUGAAACAGAUGAGACUACAUAAAGAAGAUUUUGAAAUCUUGAAGGUGAUUGGCCGAGGAGCCUUUGGGGAGGUUGCAGUAGUAAAACUGAAAAAUGCAGAUAAGGUUUUUGCAAUGAAAAUACUAAAUAAAUGGGAGAUGCUGAAGAGAGCUGAGACGGCCUGUUUCCGAGAAGAGAGGGAUGUACUAGUCAAUGGAGACAACCAGUGGAUCACAACGUUGCACUAUGCUUUCCAGGAUGAAAAUUAUUUAUACCUGGUUAUGGAUUAUUAUGUUGGUGGAGAUCUGCUCACCCUGCUCAGCAAGUUUGAGGACAGGUUACCUGAAGAUAUGGCUCGUUUUUAUUUGGCUGAAAUGGUGAUAGCGAUUGAUUCCGUACAUCAGUUACAUUAUGUCCACAGGGAUAUUAAACCAGAUAACAUUUUGAUGGAUAUGAAUGGACAUAUUCGGCUAGCAGAUUUUGGUUCUUGUCUGAAACUCAUGGAAGAUGGAACGGUCCAAUCUUCAGUGGCAGUUGGAACCCCAGACUAUAUCUCUCCAGAAAUUCUGCAGGCCAUGGAAGAUGGAAAAGGGAAGUAUGGACCUGAAUGUGACUGGUGGUCCCUAGGCGUUUGCAUGUAUGAAAUGCUUUAUGGAGAAACUCCAUUUUAUGCAGAGUCCUUGGUGGAGACCUAUGGGAAAAUAAUGAACCACAAAGAGAGAUUUCAGUUUCCUGCACAAGUAACAGAUGUCUCAGAAAAUGCAAAGGACCUCAUCCGAAGGCUCAUUUGCAGUAGGGAGCAUCGACUUGGGCAAAAUGGGAUUGAAGACUUUAAGAACCAUCCAUUUUUUGCCGGGAUUGACUGGGAUAACAUUCGGAACUGUGAAGCACCUUACAUCCCUGAAGUCAGCAGCCCAACUGAUACAUCCAACUUUGAUGUGGAUGAUGAUUGCUUAAAAAACUCUGAAACGAUGCCUCCUCCAUCACACACUGCAUUUUCUGGUCAUCAUUUACCUUUUGUGGGUUUCACUUAUACAAGUAGCUGUGUGCUCUCAGACCGCAGUUGUCUAAGACUUUCAGCUGGACCACCCUCUAUGGAUCUUGAUGCCAAUAUUCAGAGGACCUUGGAGGACAGCCUAGCAACAGAAGCCUAUGAGAGGAGAAUAAGGCGACUAGAACAAGAAAAACUUGAACUUAGUAGAAAACUACAAGAGUCAACACAGACAGUCCAGGCUCUACAGUAUUCAACUGUGGAUGGUCCAAUAACAGCAAGCAAAGAUCUAGAAAUUAAAAGCUUAAAAGAAGAAAUUGAAAAGCUAAGAAAGCAGGUAACAGAUUCUGGACAGCUGGAACAGCAACUAGAGGAAGCCAGUUCUGCACGACGAGAAUUAGAUGAUGCUUCCAGGCAAAUAAAGGCUUUUGAGAAACAAAUCAGAGGCCUGAAGCAAGAGAGAGAGGACCUUAAUAAGGAACUGACAGAGUCUAGUGAGAGACUAAAAUCCCAAGCCAAAGAGCUGAAAGAUGCACAUAGCCAGCGGAAACUGGCUAUGCAGGAGUUCUCAGAGAUGAAUGAGCGACUGACAGACUUGCACUCCCAAAAACAGAAACUUGCCCGCCAGCUCCGAGAUAAGGAGGAAGAGAUGGAAGUGGUGAUGCAAAAGGUAGAAAAUUUAAGGCAGGAGUUACGCAGAACAGAAAGAAUAAAAAAAGAACUGGAAGUUCAAACUGAAGCUGCUGCUGCUGAGGCAUCUAAGGACAGGAAAUUGCGUGAGCGAAGUGAGCAGUACUGUAAGCAGCUGGAGAGUGAACUAGAAGGACUAAAGCAAAAGCAAAUUGGUCGCUCACCAGGGGUGAGCAGCACAGAACAUCAGCAAGAGAUCACUAAAUUAAAGGCCGACUGGGAAAAGAAAAGUGUUUUCUAUGAAGAGGAACUAUCCAAACGAGAACUAAUGCAUGCUAAUGAAAUCAAAAACUUGAAGAAAGAACUGCGGGAUGCAGAGAGCCAGCAGCUCGCCCUCAAGAAAGAGAUUAUGAUCUUGAAAGACAAAUUAGAAAAGACCAGGAGAGAGAGCCAAAGUGAAAGAGAGGAGUUUGAAACAGAAUUCAAACAGAAGUAUGAACGCGAGAAAAUUCUGUUAAUGGAGGAAAACAAAAAGCUCUCAAAUGAGCUAGAUAAGCUCACCACCAUGUUUGAGAGACUAAGUAUGAACAACCGACAGCUGGAGGAAGAGAUGAGAGACCUGGCAGACAAAAAGGAAUCUGUGGCACAUUGGGAAGCCCAGAUUACUGAGAUCAUCCAGUGGGUAAGUGAUGAAAAAGAUGCCAGAGGGUAUCUCCAAGCUUUAGCAUCCAAAAUGACAGAAGAAUUAGAGGCCUUGAAGAACUCGAGCUUGGGUGCAAGAGCAACAGACAUGCCCUGGAAGAUGCGCCGCUUUGCAAAACUAGAUAUGUCAGCAAGGUUGGAACUGCAGUCAGCUCUUGAUGCAGAAAUCCGAGCCAAACAGGCCAUUCAAGAUGAGUUGAAUAAAGUUAAAGCUUCCAGUAUUUCUACAGAAUGUAAACUGCAAGAGUCAGAGAAGAAGAACUUGGAGCUACUAGCAGAAAUUGAAAAACUGAAAAAGGAAACGGAAGACCUUAGAUCAGAAAAGGGUGUAAAGCACCAAGACUCACAGAAUUCUUUCUUGGCAUUUUUGAAUGCGCCUACCUCUGCUCUGGAUCAAUUUGAACGCUCUCCUUCCUGUAUUCCAGCUAACAAAGGCAGACGUAUUGAUUCAGUUGAGAACUUCACAUUAUCUAACACGCCUUCACGGGAUGAAGAUAUCAAGUCUCACCUCCAUUCAAGAUCUAGGUCUCCUUCCACAGCUAGUGACAUUGAACCAAUUGAGGUCACAGAUCAUCCUCCACGUUCAGUUCACACACCAACCAUGAGGACAGCGUAUAUUGGUUCAGGACUCUCAGCACCAAAGCCUAAGGCCCAUCAGUUUGUAGUGAAAUCUUUUAAUACACCUACAAAAUGCAAUCAGUGCACAUCUCUGAUGGUUGGUUUGAUAAGACAGGGCUGCACCUGUGAAGUUUGUGGAUUCUCAUGCCAUGUGACCUGUGCAGACAAGGCCCCAGCAGUGUGCCCAAUUCCACCUGAACAGACCAAGGGUCCUCUGGGGAUAGACCCACAGAAAGGUAUAGGGACUGCAUAUGAAGGUCAUGUCCGAGUUCCUAAGCCAGCUGGAGUUAAGAAAGGUUGGCAGAGGGCUCUGGCUGUGGUCUGUGAUUUCAAACUCUUCCUGUAUGAUGUAGCAGAAGGAAAAGCAUCCCAGCCCAGCGUGGUAGUGAGUCAGGUUAUUGACAUGAGGGAUGAAGAAUUCUCAGUGAGUUCUGUCUUGGCCUCUGAUGUCAUCCAUGCAAAUCGAAAAGAUAUCCCAUGUAUUUUUAGAGUUACAGCUUCCCAGCUCUCUGCAUCCAGUAAUAAGUGCUCGAUCCUGAUUCUUGCAGACAGUGAGAAUGAAAAAAGCAAGUGGGUAGGGGUGCUGAAUGAAUUGCAUAGGAUUCUGAAGAAGAACAAGCUGAAGGAUCGGUCAGUCUAUGUUCCCAAAGAGGCUUAUGACAGCACCCUACCUCUCAUCAAAACAACCCAGUCAGCAGCAAUCAUAGAUCAUGAAAGAAUUGCUCUGGGGAAUGAAGAAGGGUUAUUUGUUGUUCACAUCACCAAAGAUGAGAUUAUUCGUGUUGGUGACAAUAAGAAAGUUCAUCAGAUCGAGCUCAUCCCAAAUGAACAGCUCAUAGCAGUGAUCUCAGGACGAAACCGUCAUGUACGGCUUUUUCCUAUAGCAGCCUUGGAUGGAAGAGAGACUGAGUUUUAUAAACUAGCAGAAACAAAAGGUUGCCAGACAAUAGUUUCCGGACAAGUGCGCCAUGGGGCCCUUACUUGCCUGUGUGUGGCUAUGAAAAGACAAGUCCUCUGUUAUGAACUAAAUCAGAGUAAGACACGUCACAAAAAAAUUAAGGAGAUCCAAGUCCAGGGAAACGUCCAGUGGAUGUCGAUCUUCAGUGAGAGGCUGUGUGUGGGUUACCAGUCUGGAUUCCUCAAAUAUCCCUUGCAUGGAGAAGGGAACCCAUAUAGUUUGCUCCACCCAGAUGACCACACACUAUCAUUUAUCUCACAGCAGCCAACUGAUGCCAUCUGUGCAGUCGAAAUAUCAAAUAAAGAAUAUCUGCUGUGUUUUAGCAGCGUAGGGGUUUAUGUUGACUGCCAGGGUCGAAGAUCUAGACAACAGGAAUUGAUGUGGCCUGCAACUCCAUCCUCUUGCUGUUAUAAUGCACCAUACCUCUCAGUGUACAGUGAAAAUGCAGUUGAUAUCUUUGAUGUGAACUCCAUGGAAUGGAUUCAGACUGUUCCACUCAAGAAGGUACGACCUUUGAAUACAGAAGGAUCACUGAACCUCUUAGGACUGGAGACAAUUAGAUUAAUAUAUUUCAAAAAUAAAAUGGCAGAGGGAGAUGAACUGGUCGUUCCUGAGACAUCAGAUAAUAGCCGAAAACAAAUGGUUCGAAACAUCAAUAAUAAGCGUCGUUAUUCAUUCAGAGUACCAGAGGAGGAGAGGAUGCAGCAGAGGAGGGAGAUGCUACGAGAUCCUGAAAUGAGAAAUAAAUUAAUUUCUAACCCAACUAAUUUUAACCACAUAGCACACAUGGGUCCAGGAGAUGGUAUACAGAUCCUCAAAGACCUGCCUAUGAACCUUCGGCCUCAGGAAAGUCGGACCAUGUUCAGUGGCUCUGUCAGCAUCCCAUCUAUCACAAAAUCCCGCCCCGAACCAGGACGAUCAAUGAGCGCUAGUAGCGGGUUGGCAGCAAGUAAGUUACCAGGGUCGUCAGCACAGAAUGGCAGUGCUCUGCGGCGGGAAUUCUCAGGAGGGAGCUACAGCGCAAAGCGUCAGCCUAUGGCAUCGCCAUCAGAUGGGUCAUUGUCUUCUGGUGGUUUGGACCAAGGCAGUGAUGUGCCGACAAGGGACUAUGAGCGGGAGGACUCGGACUCACCACGACAUUCUACGGCUUCUAACAGUUCCAACCUGAGCAGCCCUCCCAGCCCGGUUUCUCCUCACAAGACCAAGAGCCUCUCCUUGGAGAGCUCUGACCACCGCAAGGCAGACUGCAGGGCAGAAAGAACUCCACCAGAGGGCAGGUCCCACAGAAGAUGCAGUCUGCCUUUCAGCAACAGGAGCCGGAUGACCAUCAUUAAAUGAACCGAAUGAAAGGGGGAAACAUAACCUGCAAAUGGACACGAAAGAGGAAAGUCCUUUCCUUUUGUUAUUUACCAGGAUGAAUGUGCUUUUUGUUUGGAAACACAUGCGUGUGCAUUUUCUUCUCAGAAGGAUCACUGCUAGCUUUCUGCCACAACCACCCCAAAGGGCUUCUUGUAUUUAGAAAACUGAUUGUGCGUGUUUUAGUACCAUUAUCGCUUCUGUCAAACCACUCCAAGCCAUUCCAGUUCACAGUAUAAAGUAUUUCACCCAGAGUAAGAGAUGCUGAAACAAAUGGCGGUUUUGCUGGAUUUUUCUUCCCAGUGGAAAACACGGGUAAGUUCAAGGAUGGGAUAAUCCACAGGCCUGGGUGAAAUACAGAUAUAAGCAGUAGGAUGCAGAUCAUUGUCUUCACCAUUACCCAUGCUGGGUCUCCUAGAAAAGAUCUGUUUUAUUCUGCAAAGAUCGGAUUGUCCAUAUGAAAUAACAUAUUGCAGAGAUAUUUUGGGGCGAAUGCAGGACUUGUCCAUUGUGUAUCACGUCCAAAUCCUGUCUAUCCAGUUUGGGUUUUCAGCAUAUCAAGUUAGUGGCGUGUGUUUCCUUGUCACAGCUGGAAGCUAGCAUUCCUGCAAGCUUGGCAUUGCAUAUUCAAAUCUAUACCAAGCAGCCAAACACUUCAAGUUCAUUCCAAGCUAGUAACUUCUCAUGGCAUUGUGGGAGAGACAGGGCACAGGGACUGGGCAUUAGCUGAAGCUCACUAGCAGUUUUUCCUUAAAGGCUGUACCAAAGGCUUCUCCUCUUCUUACAAUUCCCUCUUUCCAGUGAAGUCCAUCACAUCCACGUGUUCUUCAAAACCUUCCACACUAGUUUUUUAUUUAUUUUAUGGUGCAUUUAAAUAUUAAACCUCAUGCUAAAGGAGGCAUUUGAACCUUUAGGUUUUUAGGCUAAAAACUGGUCAUACUUGAAGCAGUUCUGACUGAUCCUAGUCAAACCCUGCUUGUCCAUGGAAUGAAUGGCAAUUAAAUUAGCCCCGAUUGUCCCAGGAACAAGUGCUAUCACAGAUAUUUCACAGGUACUUAAAGUGGGACAGUGGACUUGUACAUCUGCAGGAUCCCAGGAAAAAAAGGUUUUGUUCUGGGAGAAGUCUGACAGUCUGUUUUUAGCCUGAAAGAAACAAUGCAUGGUAGUCCCCUUAUCUGACCGUGUAGUCCUUUUUAACCAGUCUGCGCUCCUGAAAAAUGGAACCAAAGACCCAGCACAUUUUUAAAAGAACCAUAAACCAGUGGACUUGCUGUGGUGCCUGUGAUCCUGUUUCUUGUUACAGACUUACAUUUUCAGAUGUAGCAUCCUCUGGUUAUGUUGCAAAGCUGAAUUCCAUAAAGAAAACCCAACUGGAGGAGGUCUGCACUGUUAAACAUAGUCUGGAUUUUCUAGGCUUUAGCAGUGUCCUUUAAGAUGACUAUUUAGUCAUACUGUACAUUUUACACAAGCCACAGUACUGUUAAAGAGAAAGAGCAAUGGAUUUCUUAGCUGAAAAGCAAAUAUCCACAUAAGUUAUUUGAAAGGAAAAUAAAAUGUCCUAGGACUUAAGCUAAAUUUUAUGUUGUCUUGGACCAUUUGAAUAGAUGCUGAUUUCUCCAGUGGGCCAUGCAAAAUCUGUUUUGGUAGUGAGCUCUUGUUAUAAAAUAUGCAUGUUGCAGAUGUGCUUUUGAAUUUCUCAUGAGAUAGGAAAAGUAACUUGGCCAUUUGAACUGUACAAUUCUUGUCUGGUUUCUUGGAGGCAGUUGACUUACAAGGUUUGUUGUUUGCAACUAUGCAGUGUAGCAUUGUUCAGUGUUUCCAGUUGCAAUGCAUUUACCCAGGCAAUUUAUAAUCACCCAUUGAAACUUUUGACUAAUAUUGUAGCAUAUGUUCUAUGUACACAGUAUAUAUAUCUUUUUUUCUUCCUUUGCCAAGACUGAAAGCAUUCUUCAUUUAUCAGGACCCUUUUAUUUUGCUUUUGCAAAUGGCUUUAGUCACAAAGAGAAUCCAAAUAGAUUCAGGCAGCUACUGUGAGGAACACAGCUUCCAGGUGACAGAAUGAAAAGGUGCAGUAAAGUAAUUUAAGCUCCCACACAUCACAUUUGGUUUCCACAUUUCAUAAAGGCAGCGCUAGGUAAUAGAGCUUUGGCUGUAUCACACGCAAGCUGUAAGAACCAUGUAGUUCAUAGUUUGGAAGCACAUUUCUGGCCUUGCUUAGGCAGCUUUUCUUCCCGUCUUCGCGCCUGUCUUAGGAUCUGGCUUGUUAAAAGUGUGGAUCAUUAUUAUUUCAGCAAUAUUCCUGACUUGUUUUUGAGACCGACGAGCUUGAUUCUGAUAAAAAUCACAGACCACAUUUGUGUUGAACUCUCAGGUAUGUAGUUUAUGGAACACAGCAGCAGAGGCACGCAGGGCUCUGAACACAAAACAAAUGAAAGCACAGAUGACGGAUGGCCAGGGCAUAUGUAGUUCGCUACAAAUAGCUUUGGGCUUAAGCAAAACAUUGCUCAAGCAAUAGCAUCAGCCUUUCAAAAUAGUACUUUAAAAAAGGUCAGAAUUUCUGAGGAACUGGAGCACCAUGAGCAUCCAUAGUCUUGUAUGUCCAAGAACUUUGAUGGGCCAGACUGGAGGGAGAGACCCAGCUGGUGAAUGGUAGAGAACAAGCGCUUUGUGCAACUCCAGCAGCAUCUAAGUGGUAGGAAACCUUUUCUUCAGACCUCUUUCUUCUACAAGGUGAGCACCAAGGGUGAAAUUCAUCCCUGUGCAAAGCCCCUGCACCUCUUCCGCCUUAUCUUGAGAACUGAAGCGAUACAAAGACUUUGUGCUUUGUGCUACAAGAGUUCUCUCUCGCAAAGGAGCCUGGGACAGGACCUGUGCGCUGACACGAAUCGUGCUCCAGCUACACGAGCAGCCUAGUCCUGGCAGGCUACCAUGGGCUGUGUACUCAAGUCCUAUUUGAGAGGCCCCCAAAGAUCAGCUGUCCCACAGGCCUUUCACUUUAGACCUCACUGUGCAGAGAGGCAGUUCCACAGCUUGUCUUCUCUUCCUUUCCAUUCACAGUUUAAGAAAGAACCCCUCUUUCAUUCUGCAGAAGAAAGCAGUCUCAUUCACAGGGAAAAAAAAUCAUAAAUAAAACCAGUGUUGGCAUUGCAAAGCAAUUAUACCUGCCUUUUUAUGUAUGACAGUUUCAUAUCAUUUAUUUUUAAAAAAUAUAUUUUUUAGGUUUUUUCAUUGUAAUAUUAUUGUACAGUUUUGCAUGGCAUAGAUGUAAUCACUUUUUUGUUUUAGAGUAUAAAAGCUGACAAGCGUGCGGUGUGGGGGAAAGACUGCUUUUUGCCUCUUCUCACUAUUUGAUUGUUUUAUGCCCUCAAUGUUGUAGAGGACAUUGUAAGAGAUUCUCUGCUACAGAACAAUGAUGUAGAUUCUUUUGCACAGAAAUAUUUAAGGUGGAAAGUCAACAAUGUAAUAAAUGACUUGCCACCAAUAUUUUACGUUGGUAACACACUUAAUAUUAACCUACUUUGAUGUAUUGCAAUAAAACAGGGAACUGUUAGAAACAUG